UUCCGCACAGGAAACCAAACCCUAAAAACUUCAACCUUCUGACUCUCUUUUUUUCUAUCCAUACGAAGCCCUAACAGAUGGCUUCUCGCAGGCUGGCAUCCUCGCUUUUUCGCUCUUCUUUCCGCCGAUCUUCAUCCAAAUCCCCCUUUUCCCACUCUUCCUUUACUUCACCUUCUGCCACGCGCCGGGCCGCAGUUCCCGUCUCCAACUUCCUCCUCUCGCGCGUGGCAGAAUAUUCGACCUCCUCUGCAGCCGCGGCCGCUCCGGCUCCCCCCAAAUCCGACGCCAAGAAAGGAGGCGGCGGGAAGAUUACCGAUGAGUUCACCGGGAAGGGCGCGAUCGGGCAGGUGUGUCAGGUCAUUGGUGCUGUUGUCGAUGUGAAGUUCGAUGAGGGCAUCCCGCCAAUUAUGACGGCUCUUGAGGUCGUGGACCACUCCGUUAGGUUGGUGCUUGAAGUGGCGCAGCACUUGGGAGGAGGGACGGUUCGGACUAUUGCUAUGGAUGGUACUGAAGGGUUGGUCAGAGGACAGCAUGUGCUCAACACGGGCUCACCUAUCACUAUUCCUGUCGGUAGAGCUACCCUUGGCCGUAUCAUGAAUGUCCUUGGAGAGCCUAUUGACGAGAAAGGCGAAAUCAAAACCGACCACUUCUUACCCAUCCACAGAGAAGCACCCACAUUUGCUGAGCAGGCAACUGAACAGCAGAUCCUUGUUACUGGUAUCAAGGUUGUUGAUCUCCUAGCUCCAUACCAAAAAGGAGGAAAGAUUGGGCUUUUUGGUGGUGCUGGUGUUGGGAAAACUGUGCUUAUUAUGGAACUUAUUAACAAUGUUGCUAAAGCUCAUGGUGGUUUCUCUGUGUUUGCUGGUGUUGGAGAGCGUACUCGUGAGGGUAAUGACUUGUACAGAGAAAUGAUUGAAAGUGGUGUUAUAAAGCUAGGGGAUAAGCAGGCUGAGAGCAAAUGUGCUCUUGUCUAUGGUCAAAUGAAUGAGUCCCCUGGUGCUCGUGCCCGUGUUGGUCUCACAGGGCUUACUGUUGCUGAGCACUUCCGUGAUGCUGAGGGGCAGGAUGUGCUUCUCUUCAUCGACAAUAUUUUCCGUUUCACUCAGGCUAACUCUGAGGUGUCCGCUUUGCUUGGACGUAUCCCAUCUGCUGUCGGUUACCAACCAACUUUGGCUACAGAUCUUGGAGGUCUUCAGGAGCGUAUUACAACCACCAGGAAAGGUUCCAUCACUUCUGUCCAAGCUAUCUAUGUGCCUGCUGAUGACUUGACAGAUCCUGCUCCGGCUACCACUUUUGCUCACUUGGAUGCCACAACUGUGUUGUCACGUCAGAUCUCUGAGCUCGGUAUCUAUCCUGCUGUGGAUCCUCUUGAUUCUACAUCUCGCAUGCUUUCCCCUCUCGUUUUGGGUGAGGAACACUACAACACUGCUCGAGGUGUGCAGAAGGUUCUUCAGAACUACAAGAAUCUGCAAGAUAUUAUUGCCAUUUUGGGUAUGGAUGAGCUGAGUGAAGAUGACAAGUUGGUUGUCGCUCGUGCUCGUAAGAUUCAACGGUUCUUGAGUCAGCCUUUCCAUGUGGCAGAAGUUUUCACAGGUGCCCCGGGCAAGUAUGUUGACUUGAAGGAGAGCAUCUCCAGUUUCCAGGGAGUGUUGGAUGGAAAAUACGAUGACCUCCCAGAACAGUCUUUUUACAUGGUUGGAGGCAUCGACGAGGUGAUUGCCAAGGCCGAUAAGAUUGCCAAGGAAUCUACUGCCUAAACAAAGCACCCUUCUUCCUUCACCCCCUUUUCCAGUUUCUUGAUUAUUGCGAAAAAUCAAAUAAUUUUAAGUAGGUGGUGCUGGGUGAUAUUCCAGCAAUAGGAUGAUGUUCAUUUUUUUGAUGAGACCAAACUGUUCUUCUUCAGGAGCCGAAAUUUCCUGUUUCCUGUUUUGAGCCGUGUCCCCUCUCCCUGCCCCCUGCGUGCCUUUCUCUUGUCAUUUAAUAAAGGAAACCAAAAAAAAAAAAAGACAUCUGACAUGUAUAUCUCUUUUUGGAUGUUUUCAGAGAGCAAUCCAAUGCGUCUCAAAUUUAACGUCCUUUUGCCUGCUCUAA